UGGCAGCACGCAUCCGCAGCUGGACACUUACUGGACACCGGCCCCGUAGCCGACGACGACGGCCACCACCACCGAUACCACCGCCUACACACACCCGCCGUCUCGAUGCUGGACACGUUCGAGAUCCUGACCACGUCCGGGGUCGUGCUCUGGUCGCGGACCCUGACCCCAGUCAGCUCCGCCGUCAUCAACGGCUUCAUCAGCGACGUCUUCAUCGAGGAGAAGGCGUCGCACGCCUCCGCCGCCCGUGAGAGCAGCCUGGCCGCCGCCAACGCCCCCUACCGCACCGACAGCCAUACCCUGCGCUGGGCCUUCGCCAAGGACCUGGGCCUCAUCUUCGUCGCCGUCUACCGCUCGCUACUGAACCUGCCCUGGGUCGCCCGCCUCGUCGACAACAUCCGCGCCAUCUUCGUCAACCUGUACGGCGACCAGCUGACGAGGCCCCACACCACCCUCGUCGAGUGCCGCGGCUUCGACGAGUACUUUGACCAGCAGAUCAAGGAGCUCGAGGGCGCCGCCUCGGACGCCUCGAGGCAUGCCCCCGCCGACGCCGCCCCGCGCCCGCCCGACACCGAGUUCGUGUCCGGGAACCUCGGCGACGACCCGCCGCUCGCCCCGCCGGGCCUGACCUUCCGGGGUGGCCGCACCCCCAGCGGCUCCGCCCUCCGCAACGACAAGUCGGCCGACUCGAGCCCUGCCGUGACGCCCAUAACCUCGCGCCCCUCGACCCCCGGCGGCGGCGGCGCCGCCGGCCACCUCCUGGUCGCCAAGCCCGGCGGGCCCCUAGGCAAGAUGUCGCGGCGCGCGCGCAAGGCGCAGGUCGCCGGCGCGGGGGGCGCGCACGCCUCGUCGGGCGACGAAUCGUCGCACGGCGGCACGAGGAGGGGCGGCGCCAAGGCCAAGACGGCCAAGAGGGGCCGCAAGUGGGACGCCGACGGGCUCGCCGACGAGGACGACGGUGUCCAGCUCGACUACUCGGCCGCCAACGUGGCCAGCGACUCGGACUUUGAGCCCCGCUCGACCGGCGUCGAGGAGGUGGACGCCUCCACCUGGGGCUCCACCACCAAGGGCAGGUUCAUCCUCAAGGACCUGGGCGACGAGGUGCACUCGAUCCUCGAGGCCGAGAAGUCAAAGUCGGCCGCUGCCGCCGCCGCCGCUCAGCCGGACGCCCCGAGCGGGCUCCUGGGGUCUGGACUGAGCACCAUCGGCGGCCUGUUCAGGAACGUCAUCGGCGGCAAGGUCCUGACCAAGGAGGACCUGGACAAGGCUAUGAAGGGGAUGGAGGACCAUCUUUUACGGAAGAACGUGGCCCGAGAAGCCGCCGUCAGGCUGUGCGAGGGUGUCGAGAAGGAGCUGGUGGGGGUCAAGACGGGCAAUUUUGAGAGCAUAAGUACCCGCGUCCAGGCCGCCAUGGAGGCGUCCCUGACCAAGAUGCUGACGCCGACAUCGUCGCUCGACCUCCUGCGCGAGAUCGACUCGGUCACGGCGCCGCCGGCCACGUCGCUCCGGCGGGCGCGGCCCUACGUCAUGUCCAUCGUGGGCGUCAACGGCGUGGGCAAGUCGACCAACCUGUCCAAGAUCUGCUUCUUCCUGCUGCAGAACAAGUACAAGGUCCUGAUCGCGGCCGGCGACACGUUCCGGUCCGGCGCCGUCGAGCAGCUGGCCGUGCACGUGCGCAACCUCAAGGAGCUCACGGCCCGCGAGGGCGGGCGCGUCGAGCUGUACCAAAAGGGCUACGGCAAGGACGCGGCCGCCGUGGCCAAGGACGCCGUCUCGUUCGCGGCGCACGAGGGCUUCGACGUCGUGCUCAUCGACACGGCGGGGCGGAGGCACAACGACCAGCGCCUAAUGUCGUCGCUCGAGAAGUUUGCAAAGUUUGCCCAGCCCGACAAGAUUCUCAUGGUUGGCGAGGCCCUUGUCGGCACCGACUCGGUCGCCCAGGCGCGCAACUUCAACGCCGCCUUCGGGUCCGGACGCACUCUGGACGGCUUCAUCAUCUCAAAGUGCGACACGGUCGGCAGCAUGGUCGGCACCCUGGUGAGUAUCGUGCACGCCACAAACGUGCCCGUUCUCUUUGUCGGCGUCGGUCAGCACUACUCGGACCUGAGGAACUUUUCCGUCAAGUGGGCGGUCGAGAAGCUUCUCAGCAGCGACUGAGCCCCCGCCCCUCUGCGUUAAUAAGCGGCAUCUGGAAUAAACCCUCCCGUACAUGCAUGUAGUAUAGAGAAUAACGGAAGGCAUGAAUAAUACCCGCACGUUCUGCACGCACUUUUUUCUAGGUUAUGAUUGGUUAGGUUAGGUUAGGUCAUAACGCUGCCAUCUUCUC